CUUUGAAAUUGACUUUGAAACCAUUUGACCAUUUGAAAUUGUAUUUGACUUAAACACAUCAAUCAUUUACAACGUCGUUAAAUCCAAUUAUUUGAAAACAUGAGUUCAUUCUAUUUUGGUGCAGAUGAGUCUUUAACUCAAGGAGCUUACAUUACUGAUCAAAACUGUAAUAAUAGCGAGAAUCAAGAUAUUCAAGUUCACUCUGAACCAUGCGAGAUCUUAACACCUGAAAUUAAUUUUGAAUUAUCAAUCCAAGAUCCUAAAGUGAUGCAAAGCAAUCAGUGUUACUCUCAACUAGCAGAAAAUGUUCUUUCAAGUUCAGAUGCGAUGCCUACUCAAUUUCGAAGAAUUCAAAGUUCUCAAUCAACUAAUGGCAAUCGUGAAAAAGUUAAACUGCAUGAAAAAUCGCGUAAUCGCUCUGUUUUUCGUAGUCGCAAGUCUCAAAGACGUGGAUCUGGCAAGAGCCGAUCAAGAAGUGCACGCAAACCAUCUGUUACCCGUCGUGAAAGGUUCUUAUAAUAAUCAUAACAUAUUUUAUUUAUUCAAAGUACUUAAAUUGCUAGUGAUUAAACUUCUUAUGAAUUUUGUUGCUUGAAAUUGUUCUUUGUAGAAAAGCUAUAGUGUGGCACGGUGUGAUCAUGGUUGCCACGACUUUGAGCCUUUCUCAAAAGAUGGGGGGUAAAAUCCCCGAAAGAUAUUAAUUCCACGAUUCUGCGGGAUAAUAACCCCGAAAAACGCAAAUUUUUAUAUAUUCCCUGCGGGAUAAUAUUCCCACUUAGAAAUACACGUGGAAUUAUUAUCCUUCCGGGAAGAUAAUAAUUUCACUUACAUUUCUAAGUG